CGACGAGCAGAGCAGAGUUCAUCUUCAACGGAAGCUAACUAUAAUACAAUUAUAGACACACGACAACGGCACGGUUAUUAUGGUAUUUAUGGACGUGAGUAUUAUAAUAUAUCCUUUAAUGAAAUAUUAUGCAUUCUGCGUACAAUUUUGGUUGUUGGUUUUUAAUAAUAUAUAAAAUUCUAUAAUAGAGUCGUUCCCAAAACCCAUGUAUAGGCGCUCUCGUAUAUAGAUUCGACUUUUUAGUAAAAAUCUUGACUGACGUAAAAAUAUAUCAGUUAAACUUUUGAGAACAUGGUUCUCGCGACGAAUAUAAAUCCGUGGGUGCACAUGAAAAAGUGGUUAACUCAACAUUUUGUGAAAAAUGUUUCUUUGUCCUUCAUGUUGUUUCAAACUUUAAUUUCCAUUUCCUGAAAAGUUCAUAGUGGUUGACUUAACUCCUUUUCACGCGCACCAAAAAAUCGUUCUUUGUAGUUAAUAUUUUUUUCCCCGUCGAUCGUCUAAUGUUUACAAAUUCCUUCUGAAGUAGAUAUUUUAUCAUCGAAUUGUUUGUCUCUUUUAUCCCGUAUUUUUAAACAACUUCAUACGAUUUUGAUUUGUUAAAACUUUUUUUUUCUUCUCCUUUGCCCUCAUUCAAGUUAUUUGGGUUCGGUCACUCUCAUCCUAAACUUCCACUUGCUCUGAUCACUCACUGAUUAUCUUACACCGGUUGUUCUCUUGAGUGUCCUUAUGUCAUUCUCAAUCGCAUUCAACUAAUUUUUUCUCGGUCUUACUCUUCCUUUAUUUUCGUGAAAUUUCUAAACCAUCUUGGUCUAUUUUCUUUCAUUUUACUACUAUAGAAGUAACGUGUAUGAUACUCCAUAUGUUUUUUGUUCGUUAUCCUAUUUCCUUUUGUCACUCCAGUCAUUCACCUAGCUUUUCUCAUAUCUGAUGCACUUAUUUCCUGUUCUAUUUUUCUGUCUAUCGUCCAACACUCCAAACCAUACAACAUAGUCAAUCUUACCACAGUAUCGUACAGAAACAAUUUUUGGGGAGGAGGCACUUUAUUAUCCAGUUUUUGUUAAGCUUGAAUAAUUAUCACCCAUUAUUUUAAGACUCCCUUAUUCCUUUAUCAAUUAUUAUUUAUACUCCUUCCCCUAGCAUUACAAUGUAAAGUUAAACAGAGUUUGUAGCCUUGUAAGAGAAUAUAUGAACCACUAAUUGCAGAAAGAGGAUGUAUGCCCCUAAAACUUAAUUUUAUAGAAGACACGAAAAACUGUCUGGGCAAGAUUGAGAAGUCGUUAGGCGUACAAAUGAAUAAAUAGCAUUAUUAUCGACAUUUUAAAAAAUUAAUCAUCUCGAUAUUUUCCAAAAUUUAACACAAACAUUGGGAGCCAUUUUAAAUUGUUGGACAUGUCUACAUUCUUCAUUUUCCCAUGUUAAAUGCAUUUAAAAAACAGAGACGGCAAUAAAACCAUUUUUUUUUGCAGUGAAAAAUCUUUUGUAUUCUAAGCCUUUCGGAAAUACAAUUAUUUAGUUAUUUAUUUAUUAUUAAAGUUUAUUAUUUAAGUUUAUAGUGAGUUGAACACUCGUGAAUUUUUUCUCGAAAUCUGGAAACAGAAUACUUUGGAAUGUAGAGCUUUACGAGUUUCAAAUUAUUCAUUUUUGAAUUAAUUGAGACAAUCUUCUGGGUUUAUAGCUGUUUCUCGAACAACUUGAUUGGCGAAAUAAUUUUUUUUUUUUUCAUAUAUCACGAAUAUUUUAAAAUAAAAUCAUAUUUUUUACAACUCAAACUCAGAAAUACAUCAACUAAAAAUAAUAUUUAUAAAUAAUGGAUGAAAAAUUGUUGGUUGUUAGUGAUAAGAUGUAGACAAAAACCACGUUCAUAGUAAUUUAUUAAGAUAUUUAACUCAGACAUGGAACAUUGUCCCCUUUUUGUAAAUUUGUCUGUUGAUAUUUUUAUAACGGUUUGAUAGACUAGUUCUAAUUUUACAUGAAAUAUGUACUUACUUAAAGAAAAUAAAUAUAAAUCCGGUAAUAACACAAUUUCGUUAGAAAUUCUCCUUUCUGAAAUUAGUGAUUCAUUUACUAUACAUAAUAUACAUAAUAUAUAAUAAUUAUAGUUUAUUUAAAAUAGUACUACUAAUAAUGAAUUUCGGGGGAAGGAGUGCUCCCAUUGCUCUCCUCUUCCCCCUGACUACGGACAUCUAUAUUAAUGGGAGUGAAACAAUUAUCUACUUUUGAUUUUCAAAUGUUAACUUAUGUUGAAAUUUCCAUAAAUAGAUAGAUAGACGGAGUAUUAGUUGUAAAUUCAUUUUGGUAUUAAAAUUGCCGAUUUCUCUUUACCCGUUGACGAGAUAUUCCACUUUUAAGUUUGGGUAGCGGGAGAGUAGUUGAGUAUUAUUCAAAUGCCGUGUGCCAUGCAACCACUCAAAAAAAUUCAACACAAAAAUGCAUUUAAACUAAUACUCUAUAUAUUUAUAGAGUUUUCAAAAUAGGUUAAUAUUUUAAAACAAAAUGUAGGUAGCCAUUUCACUCCUAAAAAUAAGAAAAAUUUAACAUUUUAGAAUAAAUAACUCCAAAGAAUUAUUUUAAAUAAGUUAUUUUAUGAAAAAUUAAGUAUUUCAUGUCAAAUUUUAAUAUAUUAUGAUACUUGAAUGACACAGUAAAUUGAAAACAACCCAAUCGCCGCCUUUUUCGAAACACGAAUUAUUUAAAAAUUAUAUAUAAAAUUAUUUAAAAAAAAAAAAAAGAAAUAAUAAAAAUAAUGUAAAAUAUACGAUAUUUGUGUACCUUCGAUAGAGACGUAUUGAAUAUUUAGAGAAUUGUAAAACGCCGAUGAGGUCAUCAUCAAAAUUACGUCAUCUAUAAAUCAUUUAAUAAUAAAUGUUUCAUUGCUAAAACUGAUUUCAAUGACCUUUUCACGUGCAAUAUUAUGUUUUAUUUUUGCCAACAUUAUUGCGCCAGUAUAAUAGUAGUCGUAUAGACUAUAAUACUAUAGACUAUAGAACAAUUAGAGUUGAAAAUGACGACACGUUGAGUUAAAACAAAUAUUAAAUCGUUAUGAAUAUAAAAUUUAUGUUUUCAUAAUAUUAUGUAAACCUAUGGAAAGUCUAGUAUUAAUUAUUUUGCGUUACCUUUUGCGUUAUACUGAUAUAAUUAUACUGUGUUGCAUAGAUACGAGUAGGUAUAAUUUGAUAUUAUAUUCAGGUUACAGUAACUUUUUAUUUCGUACCACACCGUUGACAAGUUUUGUUGUUGUCACACGAACAAAUUCUAAAUAUAAUAUACAGGGACUGAUUUAAUGUAGGCAAGUAAAUGGCAAUUACUUUUUCGUUAUAUUAAUUGGAUGUUCAGUUACCUGUUUAAAUAGUAAUAAGACGAUCGGUUUCUUUUUCCUUGUUUUUACACCCAAAAUCCGAUAAAAAAUUCAAAACAAAUAAUUUUAUCAAUGCAUAGGUGUUUUUAAGUAGGUAUACCUAAAUAUUUUUUUCUCCUUCUUCUAAAUUUUUUCUAAAAAUAAAGACUAUUUCAGUAUUUAUGUUAUAUUUUAUUUCAGCUACUUCUGAACACUUCUAGUGAUGGCUUCUCCUAGAUCGAAUUAACUCAUAUUAAGGAAUUAGAGUUUUUUAUAGGUGGAUUGAAGUGAUAAUGUUGGGUUAAAUUUUGAUUUUGUUUUUAGGAUUUGUACAUAUUUACCGUCUUCUUCUCCCGAAUUAAGCUAAGGAAAUGGAAUCUUAUGUAUACAUAGAAUUAAAAUCAGCGAUGUGUCUUUCGGAAUUUUCGACAUUCAACCAUGCUCUUACUAAUUUUAUGUUCGAAUUUCAUAAUUUAUUUUUCUUUAUAGGAAGGAUAGUAUAAUUGUGUUAUAAAAAGUACUGUGUUAUUCCGUAUAUAAACUAUUUGAUUAUUUAUUGUUUUAAAAAUGAUAUUUUUUUAUAAAACAAAAUUGAUUAAAUUUAAAAAUUCGGUUUAGAAUAUCUCAACGAAAGGAUAUUUUGGCAAAUGCUAAUUUUUAAAAAAAAAACUGACAUACUUCACAUGAUGGGAUCUACCCAUCAUGUUCUAAGUGAGAAAUUAGGAAAGUAGAGGGGGAAUUGUAUGUAUAUCUGUACGCAAUGAUUAAUUAUUAUUUAUAACGAACAACGAUUUCCGAGCGGAAUUCGGUUAUACAUGUUUUGAAAGGCCAUAAUAUUUACAAUUUAAAAAUAACACACUACAUACAUUUUCUUGUUUUUUUCUGGUAUUUCCUAUUUAAUAUGAAAACUCCUAGGAAAAUUAAAAAAUAAACUUCCUAAAGAACCACUUUUUUUCAAAAAAUGUGCUACAUUUGAAAAUCGAAGCAAAAUUUCUAGUUAAAAAUAAAAAAUAAUGAUGCAAACCAUUGUAAACCAAUAUAUUUCUCGCUUCGCUAUGAAUCUAAAAAAUAAUCAAAUAUUAUUCGUAUAAUUUAUAUUUUAUUAGGUACCUAUAAGAAUAUAACCGAAUAAGAAAAUCUUUCAAUCAUAUUGUCCUCAUAAUUUUUGAUACAAAACCUACACAUCUUUCUGUUCGCCGAUACAUCUUUUCAAGCGGUAAAAUGUCACGGAAAUGUUAUAAAUGUAUAAUAAAUGGAUACCGUGAAACUUCAAUUCUAGUAAUGGAAUUGUGCUGCUCACGGGUCUUUUUUUUUUCUUCAAAAAGUCUUCAUUGAUUAAUACAACCUCUUUUUUUGUUAUUAUUUUUUUCAAAAAGUUUUCAAUUAUAUAUUACCGGUAACAAAUGGGUAGGUAUUUAGGCUUGUUGUAUUCUAAUAUUUCAACAGCCGUCUACGAUUUCAGGAAUAAAAACUAACGUAAAAUAAUGAAUAUCUAAUUUAUUGUGAGUUAAACGGUGUUCGGCGUAUACACAAAUUUAAUAAAAACUAAAAUAUAUAUUUACGUAUAGGUAUGUCAUUACGUUAUUUAAUUUUUUUCCAUCAGUUAGUUUUCGCUUUUCUAUACUAUUACACGCACUGUAUAAUAAUUAAAACGGCUCAAAUAAUAAAAAAAAAAUAAUUACAUAGGUUUUUUUAUAAAAAAAAAUAAACAGGUACCUCGGACCCUAUGAUUAGAUUGCGAAACGCAUUCUAUUGGUCCUCUGGCUAUAUCUAAAAAAUAUUUUACUUAGUUCACGUGUCGUGAUUCGUCGAAUUGUAGCUCUCUCGGGAGUAAAUAAUUUUAUUACAGUUUCAGUGGCCCGUGGCCGAUCCCCACGAAAGGCCUUAAUUUUACAAAAAUAAUAUGUGAUAUUGUUGAUGAGCGUACAAUUGUUGUAGGUGCGAAUUUGAUAAUAUAGGAUGCAUGGAUCUAUUUAAUUUAUAUUUCUACGCAACAAUGAAUCAUUGCCAACGAAAUAUAAGCGAAGUUCGAUUUUAUACGUUGAACUUUUUUUAACGAUUCUCGUUAAAAUUUGAACUUAAAACGCUUAUAAAAAAACUGCUAAGUAUUCAGUUCAUCUUAUUUUUGACCACUUAGUUAAACAUUAGUUUAACUUAGUUCAACUUAGUUAAUACAUGUAUUUGGUGAAAAGUUCAGGUUUUUACGUUUAUUAUUCACUGAAUGACAACAAAAAAAAAAAAAAAAUCGAAAAUAAUGAAAUCAUGAAUACUAUAAGUAUUUCCAAUUAUAAUGAAAACUACAUUGGAAAUAAAAAAUGUUUAAAACACUAGAUAUUAGAUCACAAUUAAAAAUUGUAUACAAAUUUAUAAAAUGUAUACAUUUGAUGGGUUAUAUUUUAUCCAAAAAAUCUUGCCUCAAAAGAAAAAAAACAACAAAAAAAUAUUUCUGUUUAAUUUUAGAUUCUGUAUAGUGUGAGCCUUAUUUUCCUGUGAACGACUUUUCUACCAGCAAUUUUUGUAUAGAUUUACAAUGAUAGCACUUUUUCCGAAAGGAAAUCUAACUGGAGGGGUACUUUAGGGGGGUCAUUUUUGGAUUUUUCCAAUAAACGGGAAAGAGCCGGGAAAGAACGUAGACAAAAAACAUAAUAAGACAGAAUAAGAAAAUUAUAGAGGCAUAGCGCUCCAAAACUCAGCAUACAAACUAUUCUCUAAAGUGUUGCUGAAUCGUAUAAAUACAUAUAUAGAAGAAUACCUUGGUGAAUAUCAAUGUGGUUUUAGAAAGAGAACGUCAAUUACCGAACAAAUUACAGUGAUAAGUUAGAUCAUAGAAACAUGAAUUCCAACAAAAUUUCUGAUAAAUAUUUAUAAACUUAAAAAAAGCCUAUGGUAGUAUUUAUCGAGAGAGCCUAUACAGCAUAUUGACUGAAUUUGGAGUACCAAAGAAACUAAUACGACUGAUCAGGAUGUGUGUAGAAAAGACACAAUAUCAAAUCAGCUAUCCUGAUUUAAUAGAUCAGAAUACCUCUGAAACCUUUAACGUACAAACAGAGUUAAAGCAAGAAGAUGUGUUAUCCCCAGUAUUAUUUAAUUCUUUAAUAUGACUCUAGAGAAGUCAGAGAGGUGCAAAAAGAAACAACUCGAAUAGAAAUAAACCACCGAAGUAUUCAAAUUUUGGGGUUUCGCAGAUGACCUUAACAUCAUAGGCAAUACAAGGGAUGAUUCAGAGAAAACAGCUAAAGCUCUGGAAAAAUCCGCAAACAAAAUAGGAUUCAAAAUUAAUGUAGAAAAGACAAAGAUCAUGGAGCUAUUAGAUGCGGAAACAGACAUUAGAGACUGGACCUACGAGAAAAUCAACAAGUGUCAAUACCUUAAGAGGAUUGAAAAAUCAAUAGUCAUUUAUUACAUUAUCAAAGUUUUUAAAAUCAAUAAUAUUAUCAAAGAAAACAAAAAUUAGGCUUUACAUGAUGAUAGUGAGACUUAUUUUAUCAUAUGGAUGCAAAGCCUGGAUGACUACGAGCGUAACAAAACAACGUGAGCGUAAUUCACCACUUUUGAAAAUAUGAUAUGAUAUAUUACCAUAAGUGGACCGAAUUUAGACACAAACACUAGCUGUGGAGGAGAAAAUUCAACAAAAAGCUAAGAGAAGAAACAGGGUUGGUUCAAAUUAAAUGCUAUAUAUGAAGUUGGAGAAUCCAGUGGUUUGGCCACGUAAUGCAUGCAAAUUAUGAAAACAUAAUCAAAGCAGUUAUGCUAAUGCCCUCUUACCCCCUAAAUACGUCCCUACCUAAUCCUACUGCUCUAAUCAACCCUUGUAUUAUUUUCAAUUAAUAACCAUAGUUUUAUCAAUGAAUACUGUGGUAGUAAUAAUAUUUUAUAGUUUUAUUUAUUUUGAUCAUACCAAACCACUACAGGUUAUGCCUACUUACUCACUAAUAUCGAUAGGUCGCGGACGAUGGCUCUACAGAUUACUCUCGAUUUAAUAUUUCGUAAUUUAUUGUUUAUAAUUUUGUCGUGUAGUUUUUUGUUUACACACUACCAUAAUAAUAAAUGGUAAAUUUUUUUUUUGUUUUCAAACAGCUAUGCGUCAUUGACGACCCCAGUAAAACUUUCUGGGACGACCCGAACAUGUAUGUAGACGACCCCGGGCUGGAUACGCUGCUGUCGUUGACCACCGACGAGCUGUUGUCGUGCGGUAGUUGGACGGAUACCGACGUUAGCGUAGUUCUCGACAACAAAUCCGACACUCAACCACGACCGGCGGGACGUCGACGAAACCGACGAACGCCACGAGCUGACGAUAAUAAAUCGCCGUUACCGUGCACGUAUCCGAACUGCACCAAAUCGUAUUUAAAGCCGUCACAUCUGAAGGUGAGUAAUCAAUCACGAUAACCCCAGUUACAACUCAGCCCCCUAGUUUUGCAAAGCUGUUGAAUAAAUUAAUAAAUACAAAUAAAAAUAUUUUCACACUUUUUCGUACACAUUCUAAAUAUAUCUCUUUUUAUUCAUUAAUAAGUACUCUUUAUUCUGUAGGUACUGAAAAAAAAAAUGUUUUAAAUUUUGAUGAUGUAUACAUAUUCAAUACAUAUUAAACCGUACAUAUGAUACGGCCAUAAUUUAAAAUAUAAUGAUUAAUGGACAUAUUAUUUAGUUUUUACGAAUAUCUUCAAUCGAAAUAUUUUAAAUACACCUAUAACUACAUGGCUUAAAUACUUUUGGACAUUAAAAUUAUCGUGUUUGUCUGCGAGCCUGCAGAUCCACACGAUGAUAGUUAUCAUCGUGAUAUAUAAUGACGUAAGUUUGAAAUUGUUGCGAUACUGACUAGUACAAAGACAAUGUCCAUAGGAUAAUAUAAUAUAGUUGAUUAAUAGUAGAAGACAUACUAGUAGAGUGAAUUUCGAUAAAAUGUCUGUGAAUGGCAUGUAUCGUUUUUUUUUCUUUUUAUAAGAUAUCUAAGGACUAUUAAGGUACAUCGUGGCAACAAAAGCGUCUCUCCACUUCUUCUUGGUCCUUGAUAAUUUUUCCAAGAUUUCCACCCCAAUCAACCUGAAGUCUUUUUCCUUUGGGCAAUUUUGUAUUCGGUCUCCAUCCUGUUAUGUUCCCCAGUGGCCGGUACUCCUUCAGACCACAACUCUUUUAGACAUUUUCAACAAUUCAUUAGGUUCACCCAUUUUGAUCAUGUUCUACCCUUCCAAAUAAAAAACUUCUAUUUCUAAUUUUCUUGCUAUGUGAUAUUUUCUGGAUGCUUUAGACGUUCUUCAUUUUUUGCAAUUAUUACUAGAUCAUCAACACACGCUACAAUUGAAAGUUGUUGGUUAUUAAUAUUUUUUAUUUCUAAGAAAUUGCCUCACCGCUGACUCUAGGGCAAAAUUAAACAAAGCCGGUGACAAAGCUUUCCCUUGUCUGAGACCUGUUAAUAUUGAGAAUUAAUUUGAGAAGACGGCUCCAAAACUCACCUUGCAUUUAAAGCCUUGUACAGAAGCUUCGGUCAUUCUAAAAAGAUUUUCUGGUAUUUCUACUUGGGACACUAUGAUACGGUGUUUCUUCUUAUUUACCGAAUCAUAUGCUGGUUUAAAAUCCAUAAACAGCAUGUGUAUGUCUUUAUUGAGUUCAUGGAUUUUGUCUACUACUUGUUUUAUUUUUUGAAUCUGAUUAAUAGUCAAUUUACCUACCAUGAAUUCUGCCUGGUAUUUUCCAAUAAUAACUUUAAUGAAUGAUUUUAAUCUGUUUAAUAAGAAGUUAGAUAAUAAUUUGUACGAAGUGUGUAACAGAGAAAUUCCUCUAUAGUUAUUUGGGCCCCUUUAAUCUCUCUUUUUAUAUACCGUGGUCAUAGAACAGAUAUGUUCCAUGAUUCUGGAUUUUCUUGCUACUCCUAUAUAUCAAUUGCUAGUUUAUGAAUUUGUUGAAUCAUCUUAUUUUCUCAUUUUUUUAGACAUUCAGGAAUUAGUUCAUCAAUCCUAAAAGCCUUUCCAUUAUUCAGCAUUUUUAUUCCCAUCUCCAUUUCUUAUAUAGUUGGUUCGUCAAAUAAUUCUUUCAUUGUUACAUUGACUUCUACUGUGGCCCUAUUUUCUGGUUGAUUAAAUAUCUUCUCAAACAUGCUUUGAAUGUGCCGUCACGCAGUACAAUAUAACUCAGGGUAUACACAUUGGCAAAAUAUUAGCUUACGAUCAUGUCCCAGAUAGAGCCCACACAUUUAAAGCCAGCAACAGCCAACAUUGAGUUUCUAAGGUUUAGGUUAACGUACACUGGCCAUAAAUAGAAUAGAGUAUUUCUGACAUCCAGUUCGAUUUUCGAAAAAAUAUAAUCACCCAGUAUGCAAUAGGAGCACUAAGGUGUAUGUCAGAGAGAAUGAUAGAACAGAAAAGAGCUGUAUAUAUUUGUUUCAUAGAUUAUGAAAAAGUAUUUGAUAGAGUUAUUUGAAAAAGACUAUUUCCGAUGUUAAGAUUAAGACGAAUUCUGAUGAAAUUUAUAAAGCCUAUACACAAACCAAAAGACCGCAAUUUCGUUGAAAGAAAUAUCAGAGGAAAUACAAAUUAGAAAAGAAGUUCGGCAAGGUUGCAUUUUCUCACUUAACUUGUUUAAUGCAUAUUUUGAAAACAUGACGGAUGAAGCUAUCGGAGGAUAAUUUAAUACACACCUAUAAGCAACAAUAAACCAUUGCUUACGAAAAAACAAUUCUAACCGAAGUUCAGUUGAUAGUGAUGCUUUGCCAACAAUAUGUAUGCCAAUUAAGUAGGCUCUAUAUAUUUUCUAUAAUAAUAUUUGUUUAAUGUUGUACCAAUUUCCCCUGUUUUCUUAUGUUUUUCCCGGUUUUCCUAUGUUUUUUCCCAGUGUUUCGCAUUUGAUGAGAAAACUUCGGAGAAUAUCGAUUAACAACCCAUUUAAGGUACAUCCCCAAAACGAUUUCCUUUCUGAAAAAUUCUACUUCAAAAUAUAUGUAUGAAAUGUCUAUUUCGGAUUUUAAAAAAUAAUUGUUUAAACAAUUAUUUUGUUUACAUUUAAAUUAUAUAUAUAAAAAAAAAAAAAAUUAAAACGUAGAGGAAUUAUUGAGCACGGCUCUAAAAAUGAUUACAGGACAAAAAAACUUGGGAAUUUGUCGACCACGGUAUGUUAUUAACAUGAAUAUUUCGAUCGUGGGACGUUUUGGGUGCGCAACAAAAAUCAUCACUAUGUGUAUUGAAAUAUUAAUCGUUUUGGACUGCUGCAGGUUCACAUGCGGCGGCAUUCGGGCGAGAAACCCUACGGCUGCAUGUGGCCGGGAUGCAAGUGGCGUUUCUCCAGGUCGGACGAGCUGUCCCGGCAUUGUCGGUCACAUUCGGGCAUCAAGCCGUAUGGUUGCAACCUGUGCGAGAAACGGUUCUCGCGGUCUGACCACCGAGCCAAACACGCCCGGGUGCAUUACAAGCGGAUGGCCGCCGCGGCGGCGAUGGCCUCGAGACUCCAAUGGGCACAACAACAGCAACAGCCACCUCCGCCGCCGCCGCCACCACCAUACCGUUACAGACCGCAGUGUCACCACCAUCAUGACCCGCAAAACCAGAAUUUCGGGAAUCACUAACAUAAUAUUUUAUAUUAUGCACAUUUCGUUUAUUAAAAUAAGAUUUACGAAAUAUUUGUUAACGUUGCGUAUGCAGAGGCAUAGUUAAAGGAAUUUGUGUUCUGACGGGGGAGGAGUGGUAUUAUAUAUUGUAUAAUUGACAAUCGCAUUAGCAAACCACUUUCCCUCUUUUGUCACCCGAAUUUUCCGCCGGAAAGUCCAAAAAAAAACUUCGGGCAAUUUGCAAAAAGUACC